UCGGCAGUCGGCUUUCGCCUAUGUCAGAGUCAUAGAUUAGAUGGUCAAACUACUCCUGUACGCAAAAAUAGUUUAUAGAUCAUGCUCUGAGUCUCUGACUCUGCUAGUGGCUAACUGGAUAUGACGUCAAAUUAUCUGUUGAGCAAUAAUAAAAUUAGUGCAUCCGUAAAUUUGUUUGCAUUGGCCUACUGUCAAAUAUUGUGUUUACAAGCUGGAAUUCAAGAAGUGGACAUAACCAUAACGUGACAUAUUUGUACCAUUUAUGCAGUUAUAGAUUAAUAUUGAUUUAAAAUGAGUGAAUAUGAAGCUACCGGUAGUCUCAAUCUGCCUACUGAAUCCAUGAAAAUCAUGGCAGAGAGUGUAGGUGUAGCUGGUCUUUCAGAUUCGGCUGCCAAGGAACUGGCCGAUGAAAUAAAUUUCCGGUUAAAGACGGUCAUCCAAGAUGCAACCAAAUUUAUGCACCAUGGGAAAAGAAAAAGACUCUCCACAAUGGAUAUUGACCAUGCUCUAAAAAUUAAAAACAUAGAGCCUCUGUAUGGAUUUUCAAAUCCAGACCAUAUUCCAUUUCGGUUUGCAAGUGGUGGAGGUCGUGAACUGCAUUUCCUUGAGGAUAAAGAACUGGACAUUGCUGAUAUCAUUGGUGGUUCAUUACCAAAACUACCAUUAGAUGUUGCUCUGAGAGCCCAUUGGCUCAGUAUUGAUGGAAUUCAGCCAGCAGUUCCAGAAAAUCCCCCUUCACUUUCCAAAGAUCAACAACGACUGGAGAGCUCUGACCCUGUGUCUAAACUAGCCAAAAUUGGAGACAAAACCCAGAAAAAAUCUACAACUCUCACUGCAACUAACAAACCAAAAACAGAAACUGUCCAAGUUAAACAGCUUACAGCACACGAAUUAUCUGUCGAACAACAACUGUACUAUAAAGAAAUUACCGAGGCGUGUGUUGGAUCUGAUGAAGCAAGAAGAGCUGAAGCUUUCCAAAGUUUGGCUUCAGAUCCUGGAUUACAUCAAAUGCUACCCCGCCUUUGUACCUUUAUUGCCGAAGGCGUACGAGUUAACGUUGUCCAAAACAAUUUGGCUCCUCUCAUCUACCUGAUGCGCAUGGUUAAAGCAUUACUUUCAAACCAAACGCUUUAUCUUGAAAAAUACCUCCAUGAGCUUGUUCCUGCCGUAACAUCUUGCAUGGUUAGCAAACAACUUUGCCUUCGUCCGGAAGUGGACAAUCACUGGGCGUUGCGAGACUUUUCGUCUCGUCUUAUUGCACAAAUUUGCAAAAAUUACCACACCACCACCAACAAUUGCCAGACCCGUGUCACACGGUUGUUCUGUCGAGCAUUGGCCAAUGAUAAAAUGCCUUUGGCAUCGUUUUACGGAGCCCUUGUUGGAUUAUCUGAGCUGGGAACAGAAGUGAUCAAGGCCUUUAUUAUUCCUAAAAUACGUGCGAUAGGUGAACGAAUCGAGCCCUACUUGGAUGGAACAGGCCAAGCAAAUGCCGAUCGGAUAGCAGCUUCUCACAUCAAACAGUUGACGAUCAAAGUCAUGGUACCUAUAUUGAAAGUAACCCGUCAGCCGCCUGACAACGUUGAUGACUAUCGUCAAGAAUUUGGGUACCUUGGUCCGGCACUUCACGGUGCCGUAAACAGAGCGAGAUCGCAGACUACAACGACAGCGUCCUCGGGUGUGAUUUCAUCAGCUGCAGCUGGCAGCCUGGGAUUAUCUGCUGGACGUGGCACUAUCGUGAUGGGCGGAGCCUCUGGCUCGGCAACGACUUCGCGGAAUCAGAGUAGCGUUGUCGCGAAUGCCGCUAGCAAUCCUACUAAAUACAUGUUUGUGACUUCUAGACCAUCAACACCAGUUCAGGUGACAGCUCCUCAGACCACUCAGGUCGUCAAGUUAGUUUCGGGCGCUGGACAGGCCAGUAAGCAGACCGUUAUGGCGACCAAUCAACCGAAAUACGUGAUGGUUAACAGCAGCCAAAUUGUUCGGGACGUCGGAAAUAAGGCACCCAUAAAAAUGGAAGGCGCUGAAGGGACACCAGAAGUCAAAAUGGAAUCGUCGGUGGUAAUUAAGACGGAAAAUAUUACCAUUCUCGACGAUUAACGAGAGGAAAGGAGGAACGAUGAAGUAUCUUUAAUUUGUUGCUUAUAAUCGAUUGAUUCAAAUAAAAUCUCAAAGAGUAGUCGAAACUGACAAGGGAUAAUAAUACAAGUUGUUGCGUCUUAAA